UGAGUGUGCAGGAGGGGAGGGGAGGGGAGGGGAGGGGAGGGGAGGGAAGGGUGGUGGGUCCCAGUGAACAGGGUUCUCUCUCCCUCCGAAGCCUUAUUACCGGCGUCCUAUAAAUAGCAGCCCCCACUGCCCACUCUUUCCUCCAUGGCCAUAAGCACAACACUCCCAUCCAUUAUUACUUUACGUUGAGAAGAAGAGAGAAAACAGAAUCUUCAAUCUUCACCGAGGCAUUUCACCGAACAUCUCCGCAACAACGCACCUCAGUGGUCUCCUUGCAGACCUCUGUUGGAUGCUGUUUGUUGCCUUUCCUACCUACAUCAGGGUUGAGGAGGAGAUCCAGGAUCGAGGUUCUUGAGCUCUUCUGAGCUACCUACAUACGCUCCGAGUGUCCACCUCUUUUUCAAAGGACAUCUCUCUUAACCCGGGAGGGAGAUGUCAGCUAUGCUAAGCAAGAGCCUCCCCCUAUCAUCCAACUUCACCAUGGAUGAAGAGGCCAAGGCAAGUGAGAAGCAGGGCAUUGUGUCCAUUCUCGGGUCCGACUUUGAGAAAACCAAUGCUACUACUCCUUCUCUACGCCGAACUUUAUCAGCUGACAUGUCCUCCAAGAAGUGGCUGGCACAGAAUGGAUUCUCUUCUGUCAAGAAGAUCCCAUCAUCCCACGAGCUUCUUGCUUCCAUUAGCGAUUCCUCUUCGACUUCCUCUGAUGACGACGAGGAGCAUCAGGAAUACCUGGAGAGGAAGGAUCUCAAUGAGAAGGAGCGGCUCGAUAUUUGGAACUCCAUCCGGGAGGCAAAGAUGAAGAAGGAUCAAGAGCCUGAGAAGACCAAUGAACCGACCAGUUGGAUCUCGAUUCUGUCCCAAAAGGUUGAGGAUUCAAAAUUGCUUCCUCCCCCUUAUGUUCAUCCUCUCGUGAAGAGAUCAGCAAGCACUCUGAGCGAGAAGAGUCUCGAGAUAUGCACUGAGAGUCUUGGGUCUGAGACUGGCUCUGACGGUUUCUCUUCCUAUCCACCGUCAGAGGCCGAAGAUGCAGAAGAUGAAAAGGCAGAAGAGAACCUUCCAGAGAGAGCGAAGCAGAUGCUCGGUAAGGAUGAGUAUGGUCUGCCACCUGUAAAGUCAAAACAUUACUUGGGUUCCAAGAAGGCAGUGCAGUCUCGGUCUUUCCCUCCUCCUCUCCCUUCCCUCUCUCGAGGGAACGGAGCUUCCCUGUCAAUGAGAUCGAGCCGAAACAAUGGAAGGCUAGUUCUUGAGGCCAUCUCUGUUUCUUCACAGAACUACUUUCAAGCCGAAAGACGCGAGGGUCGGCUGAUCCUGACCUUUGUGAACCGCUCUUCUACUCUCGAUCAAGAAGUUGAGAAUGUGGAAACACUUGAAGAGGAGAAGAAACCAGUCAUGGAGCUCGAUGAAGAAUCUGUUGUUUUCAAUGAGAAGUGUGAUGACGAAGAGAAUGCAAAUGAAGAAGAGGUGGAAGAGCUGGAGGAGGCAGAGGAAGGGAAGGAGACUCCUAAGCUUGAUAUCUCCUAUGGUGCCAAGGAAACCGCGUUUUCCAUUGAAAAAGCACCGAACAUGUCGGGUGCUGUGACGAAUCUCCAUAAGUUAGCACUACUGAUGAAUAAGCCGAUUGGGUUACCUAACAGGAAUCCCAAGUGGGCGAGCAAGUUCAAUGAAGUUGUUAGUAAGUACACUGAGGCUGCAAAAGGGGAAGAGGAGCCCAUCUCACUUGAGCAGUCACACCCUCUGCAGCCCCAAGUGGCCCGGAUGAUUCCAACCCCACCUACAAAGGCAAACUCUUCGUUCAAUGCCUACGAGUACUUCUGGCGGACCAAACCGACCACAACUUCCUAUGUCAACACAAUAACCAAACAGCCCUCGUUGUCCCUCAAGAAUUACAGCAACAACUGCACCAGACCCAUGAAUUCAUCGGGGCUAAAUGAGAUCUACCAUGCCGGCGCUCCUGUAGUGAAGAGCUGCAAUGAGCCGAGGAGGUCUUUAUUUUUUUGGGAGCCAAAUUGCAUAGCCACCUCAUGAUGCAAGAUGACUCCAACUUUCUUAUCCCAUUGUUGAUUAACAUCCUCAACCAUUUACUGUUAGUUACUGGUGUAUCUCUGGUCAUUGCCUGCUUCCACCCUUUGCUUGGAGUGUCAGUCUGUGCAGUCAAAUAAAAGAAGUGAGAGGGAGUGAGAGAGGGAGAUGAUAUUUGCUUUGAUGUAGGAUAUCAAAGUUAUUUAAGAAGAGAGAUAAAUGCUAUAUAAUAUUAUAUAUAUAUAUAUAUAUAUAUGAUAUGAUUAUAAUUACUGAAGCCCCCUUUAUUUUUUUUCUUGUUGAAAUGAAAGCCUAACAGAAUUCUUGCAAUCAUCUCUGAUUUGUUGUACAGUCUUCCCUGUCCCUGGCAACUCGGUGAUGUCCCUUUUCUCCUUUAUAUCUUUUGCAAUGCCUGGCCAAUGGUGUUCGUGUAGUGGUUCCUGUUGGGUGGCCCGAUUCAAUCAUUAUGUUGGGAAAACAAUUUGAGACCGAUUUUCCAUGUUC